AUGUUGUAUCAUUUACCCCUCACAUCUGGCUUCCUCUGUCCUUUUAAUCUCUCCGCAUCCAUACCUCCUCUACGUCCCACUGCGCCGCUCUCGAAAUCUUAUUCUCUCACUAUCGUCGCCCUCCUCCCCUUCCAUGGGUUCUAUACUUUACUUUCUGGGCUCGAGCUUGCAAGAAGUCUUAAAUUAUGCCGACACACCGUGCCACAUUACUCUCGGGGUAUGCAGACACGCGCUGGCUGGCAAACACGUGGUUUACUGAGCGCCGAUGCAGAAUUUGCGAAGUUACUGUACUCGGAGUUUAAAGCGUGGCGUCUAUAUCUAUCCAUCUUCUUACGCUACUUCAUCGCUAUCCAGAGUAUGAAACAGUCCUCAAACAACGUACAACACAUAUCCUUUAUCCAGAUCCUCCGGGAUAUGUUCACACCAAAACAGCAGGCAGACUCCGACGUGUAA